AGAAGACUGACAGAACUCUCUGGAAACUGUGACCCCCAUAGGAAGUCACCCUGAAAACCAGCAAAUGAGGUAUAUGAGGAAGUGGAUGACCCUAGAAGAAGGACAGAAACCAUUCUUCUGCUCUGGAGUUCCUGCCUCAGGAUCUGAGUUGGACAGCCUGAAAGAGACAUCUCACCAGCUAUCAGUUUUCUCAAGCUAUCUUUCAGAUCAUUCAGAGCAUAAGGAUGGGCAUGUGAGAAGGUCCGGGCAUCCGACAUUGCCACCCUCCCGCUGGCCGGUGGAGGACCGCGGAGGCCUGCAGUGGAUAUUUGUGGGACGCAAACCAAUGGAAAGGAGGCUCCUACCACUUCCUCACAGAAGUCAGACCAAAUUGCCUCCUCACUGGACAUGUCGGUGCAUCCGUGUCCUCCAGCGGAAAGGACAUUUCUGUAUUUCUGUUGACUGGAUUUGUAGCCAGAGCAAUGCCAUCUGUCUGGUUCCCCCUGGGUUUCAUUGAUGUGUGCAUGGAGCCCUAGGAGUGGUUUUACAAAUAAAUGUCUGUGUUCAACCUUA